AUGAGAUUUAAAAAUGGAAUAGUUGUAUUUUUGUCUUUAUGGUCCUUAUGGUACGUAUUUUUUGUGGUAAAAUUUUGAAAAAUACGCCGAUUAAACGAUUUUCUAAAAAAAAAAAAACCUAUAUAAAAUAAACGUACAUGUACUUAAAAUCUUCUUGGUCCUAGUUCGUGAUAAAAGGAUCACUCUGUAUAAUUUAGAUUCAUUCACAGGCGCGCUCGAUGCAACACGUGUACGCGUGAAAAACGAUGAUUGUAUGCGGUACGUGUAUACACACUCAUACAUAUACAUCGGCAGUGCAAAUAGCGGUGGCGUUAUCGAAUUUAAACAAAACAUGUUUAUUUUAUAUAGACGGCAAUAAACAAUAACAAAGAGUGCGAUAUCACCACGGCCGCGGGGACGAAAAACAAAAAUUUGUGGAAAACGACCUUGAGGGUUCAAGGUCGACGUACGGAUAAAAGGUCGUCGUCGCACGCGUCUGCCCCGGCGCGACCGUACGAAUGAGAGAAAAAAAAGUCUAUAAAUCCGUACGAACGACACUGUAGGCGCGGCGGGGCACGACGGUGAACCAAGUGCGACGUUCAAAAGUCGCGACGGAUCUCGCAUUCUCCGCGCCGCGAAAUGCACACGAACAGAUGGCGUUGCGGUGCAUAAUAAUAAUAUUAUAUUCCCAUUCUGUAAUAAAACGCGUGGCGGCGACGUUCGGCGGAGAGUGCUCGGCGCCCGCGCCGCGCAAUUGUGCCCUCCUCACUGCGUGCGCGACGCGCUUCGUCAAACCCAGACGACCUUCAUCUUCAUUCCCGUUCACCCUACGCGCACCGCGAGCACCGCCGUCCGACAUUCGACGGGCCGCCGCCGCCGUAGUUGUGUAUUACUCAUAUAUACAGAAAUACACGCACACACGCGCGCGCUUAUUAUUUGUUGUAUACGUAUGCAUACACACACACACACAUACACAUACAAUAACUCAUUGCACCGCGCCGCGCUUCCCAUGCAACAGCGGGGCAACCGUUGUCCGUUGCCGUCGCUGCUGCUGCCGCGCCGUCACCGAUACAUACACGCGCGCAGGCACAAGUAUUCAGUAGUCGCAGUCGUAGUCGUGGGUACGGACGUGUUUCUAAACCGUCGCCGAUCGCCCGCUGUCUACUCGUCUACGCGUUCUUUUCGAUUGUUAUUUUAUUUAUUUAUUUUUUAACCAUUGUCUCGUAACGUUUUCAUUGUUAUUGAUAUUGUUACCGGUUACCAGUUUACCAGUAUUUGUACUUCUGUAAUAUAUUCGUUGGUAAUUUUCGCGCCCGCCGUCGGUUUUCUCGUUCGCGGACCCUGUUACGAAGACUGAACGCGGUUGUUUUUUUUAUAGUGCGUAUACCUGAAUUUCGGACGAUAAUACGAUACUAAAAUAAUAGCAACAGUCUCGAAGUUUCACUAAACGGAUUAAAUACUUCUCCACAGGUAAACAUUAAUACAAUUUAACCGAUACAAUUAUUAUUACUCGUUUAUAAACGAUUCGUGUGAAGUCGUUUCACUACGUAUAGCUGGGUUUUUAGUGCAAGAUACAUUGGUGUUUAACUUAAAACGGGAUAUAUCCCGAAACGGUGCUCGAGUGCAGCGGCCGUUGGGAGAUUGUUGUUACCCGGCUGUUAUUCAAUCGCCCGGCGGCGUAAGUAGAUAAAUAUAAUAUGAUGAUAUUUCGUAUUUAUCAUUUUUUAUUAUUGUUAUUUUUUUAUUGUUGCGUGUCGGACGAGACUUUUUGCAGCAGCAGCGCGUAGAUACGCUGGAAAUAGUCACGAGGUGUCGGCCGCGGUAGGGGGAAGGACAGGAAUCGGCGACCGGGGGUGUAGAGGGGGGCCCCGUAACGGACGUGGCUAACAGAGAUGCCGGUUGACGGCCUCUAGCUGCGGAUGUUUUGUAACGGUAUCGUGCCAUUCUUUGUGAACUCUCGUCGUGCCCCGCCGCCGUCGUCCCCGCACCACCGCCGUCGCAGCCACCGUUGUUUCCCGUCACCGCCGCCACCCUAUUCCUCGAUAUUUCAGACCGUUGACCUUGAACGCGCGCACCAUCGCGAUCGUCCUUAUAAGGGCCAUGUAACGUUAUAUUUAUAACGUCAGUCGCACGCUAAAAAUCGCGAUUGUAAAAACCAAUGAUAAAGAAAAUCGUAAUAAAAAAAAAUAAUCGGAACCGAUAAAUUAUUAUACGAAACGAAACAAUAACGGCCAUUGUGUGUGUGCGUGUGCUAAUAAUAUCUGUCGUGCGCGGACGUUUUUUUUUUAUUAAUUUUUAUUUUUACGGGGAAAAUGCAUUUUUGUCGUUGUCGACGGAUCUACUACCUACACACCGUGUAUAUUAUAUUCUUUACGUCUGCGCAGCACAAUGGACGAAUUGUAGUACGCGGUGAUGUUUUUUUUUUUUUUUUUUUUGGGAAAACUAAGAACAGUGUGAAGCAAACAAUAAUACUGUUGGGUAUAAUACUGUAUACUGCACACACACGCACUCGUGUGUGGACCUACCUGCUCCCGAAUCGUACGGAGUCAACGGCCGAAACGCGCCGCCCCACGGUCUCGGUCAUCCUUCCUAGGCCGCGUCAAUCUGCGGUCAAGGUCACUAUUAUGCGUCCGACGAUGAUGUUUUAAAAAAUAAAUAAAUAAAACUAUUGUUUUUUUUCUUUCCUAUGUCGACAACGGCUGCACCUACUUAUUUAUCCAUUACUACGGUCUACAAUACUCAUAUGCACGUAAAGCCGUUGCUCGUCGCUACUAAAUUGUAAAAUAAUAUCCUAACCUAUAAACCAAGUACUUAUACAAAUUGAGCACAAAUAUAUUGUUUAAGUGCCAAAACCGUAGUUACAGUCGGUUUUCCAAAUUGUCUCCAGUUUUAUAAAAUUUGAAAAUAUUAUUUUUAACAUUUUAAUGUUUGCCAAAAAGAUAAGACUUUUCUACUAAUCAACUGCCUGAUAUCCCUUUAAGACGAAGGUGUACGGACAAAAACUACUUCGCGGAAAACCGUUCACAUUUCAAUAUUAUUAUUAUUAUUUUUUUUAUUUGAGACCGACACUUUUUGCAUGUCACAUUGAAUUUGGAUAUUCGAUUAUUCUGCUUGAAAUUUCAGAAAAUAAGUCUAUGAAUUGCUCAUUUUCAGAUGUUUAAUAUGGUUUCUAGGAAUUAGAAUUUCAAUAAUUAGAGUUUAAUGCAACCUACAAAAAAGUUUUACUAUUUUUGAAAAAAAAAAAUCAAAAUCUAACUAUUCUACAAGGCGUGAUAGGUUUUCCUCUGAGGUAUGUUUUUGUCCAAAAUAUACGGUAGCUUUGACAAUUAAUAUGACACGUAAUCAGUGGGGGUGCAAAUCUACAAAGAAGCUCCCCUCCCUCCUUGCUAAACUUCUCAGUCGGUCAAGCGAACUUUUUUUUUAGAUUCCAAGUGUAGGGAAUAUGGUACCUAUAGAUAUUAGGUUUGCUAAGGUGUGUGUUUUUACAGAACUUUUUCGAUUAGUAAAAAUUAUAUUUCUAAACUAUUAAAGGAUACGAAUUUUCCACCCGGUGGUGGUAUUUUAUUUGAUCAAUUUUUUCUAUAGAAUUCCCAGUUUUUCGAAAAAUUUAGCACACAGAGGUCUGAAAUGUUUGAAAAAAAACUUUUUCAGAUUUUUGGCAGGGACAAUAUUAAUUAUAAUUUUAACUUAUUUUGACGGCGAUUAAAUUGCUAUUGCUAUUGCUAUUACUAUUAAAAUCCUUGUAAUAUUAAAGUAAACAGUUUGGUGGGUAAACAAAAUGUUUGUUUUCGGUACCUCCACGAAAAUUCACUUGUUGUUAACUGAAAUUAUAAUUUUAAAGUUACGUAUCAACAGGAAUUAUCUGGGUGGUACUUACGCCCGAUUUUACUAUUGUCUAAAUAAUAAGAGUUCAUAAUUGUGUGCAUUAAAUAAUAUUAUUAUGACUCGAAUAUUUUUUUCUCGUAGUCCCGUUUGAAUAUCGUUGUUUUGCAGUAAAGAUAAUACCUCAUAGAACUGUGAAUAUAAUACAAAAUGUUGAACAAAAUCAUUUAAAAUCUAAUGUUUUUUUGAGAUUGUGAGGCGCGAAAACCUUUUAAACAAUGCAAGUUGUUAUAUAUUUUACCACAAUAUGAGAAAAAAACAAUACUACGGUGUUUGGGGCGAUCUAGGAUACUUUUAUAGCUGAAGGGGGAUGCUAUUGUGCUAUCAUAUUCUGUAUAGUCCAUCCUGAUUGUUUGACCAUUUCUUAAUCCUAAAGAAUUAAUGUGCUUAAUAUUCAAAAAGAUAUCAUGAGUGGAAACUUUAAAAACACAAAUCUAAAACAAAUUCUUUUAUUAAAAAAAAAAUAAUAAUUUUCUCUGUAAUAAUAAUAAAAAUAAUAAAAAAAGACGGACAUACUUCGCACAGUGAAAUUUCCUUUUAGAAACUUGGUAGAAAUUGGUGGUAGAAAAGUUGUGCACAGGAAAAACAAUCGUAAUAUUUUAAUAGUAUAAUAUUUCGUACAUUUCUCGUUGUUUUUUUCGGUUUUUCAAAUUUUUUUGAGAAAACUCUUGAGAAAAUUGAAAAAUUACUGCUUUUAAGUACCUCCUCUCGCCGGUUUUCUUUCAGAAAAGACACUAUCCGUUGAAAUUCAAGCUAGUCUUCUGGUAGAAAAGUUGCGCACAGGUAAAAAAAAAACAUAUGUAUCUUUGUAAAAACUAUAAGCUUUUUCGUUCCACUACUUUUUGUAGGUUCAAUCAUUUAAAAUAUACAUUAAUUGUCAAUAUUAAUAUUCUAAUUGUUGAACUGUCAUAGUUUUAACUAAAAAUUCUAAAAAAAAAAAAGAAAAAAAACAGUUGCCUGUCGUCUAUCUUAUCUUUCAAUCUUUUUUAACCUAAAAUUAGUUUUUCCUUAUUGUUUCAAAUAUUUAUGAGAAUUUUAAAAAAAUUACCUCUUUAAAGUAUCACACGGAAAACGUUUAAUUUCAGAAAAGGUGCUAUAGUUGUAGAAAAAGUGUUAUUACACUUAAAAAAAAACUCAUUGUAAAACCAAUAAAACCCUUGUUCCACUCAAAAUCUAAAAAGUAAAUGUUUAAAUGAAAAAUUAAAAUUCUAGAAAACAUGCCUCGAGACACUCAGAAGAGCCACGUAAUAUGCACAUUAUACAAGUAUCAUGAUUGAAGAGUGGAUACUGAAAGAAAAUCACUUAACUUGUAUUAUAUAACAAUAAUAAAACAAUUUAAAAAUUACGCAAAAGUUAAAACUUUUAAAGAACGAAAAAAAAUGAGUGCAAUCAAUUAUAAAAUAGAUAGUUGGAAUUAUUGUAUAUUAUUCUAAUAGACCAAUCUACGGUUUGAUAAAAAACGUAUAUGUUAAUGAAAGGGUUACUAUACAAAUUAUAUCCUCUAAAUUUUAGAUAUAAUAUAGACACGGGAGGGGUAAGGCUUGCCCUCCCUUUGUAAUAGAUAUUAGUUAUUCUGUUUUUAUGUUGAAAGAACAUUAAAUCUUUAUUAAUUUUGUUUCCCACCCUGAAAUUUCACAUAUUUUUAUCCGAUUUUGUCUGUAUUUUAACAUCGGCAAAAUUAUUACCUGGUUAUCGGGCUUCUUGCGUUCGUCGUCACCUGUAGUAAUGAUUUAUACGAAAAUUGUUGAGUCAAUUUGAAUUUGUCUUAUUAAUAACAAGACAUCUCUCGUUUUAUCCUUUUUCCGUUUAUCGUAAACAAGUAACAUCGUCAACUCUAGCGAUUUUUAAAAUAUUAAGAAUCUGCAUAGGUACCUAUGGAUUUUUUUUAUUAACGAUUUGAGAAAAGAUGAUGUGUAUUAUUCAGAUAAUAUGUACUAUUAUACUUACUCUUCUAAAAUUGUCGACAAUAUACGUAGGUAUACGCUAUAUUUGGCAAGAUACCGUUUAUUACGAUAGCAAUUUUAACAAUUUAUUAGAUCGAAGUAGCAUUAAUGAAGUGUUUUUUUACUCUGCCCUAUUCCUAUAUAAUGCUAUUCUAUGAAAUCUUUUAAAAAAAAAAAAAAAAUCUUCGUAAUAAAUAAAUAAUAUUCUUUGCAGGUUACAGAAUAAAAGAAUCACUCUGUAUAUGACGUAUAAUGUAUAUUAUAGUAGUGACAGCAGUUAUUCAACAGUAUAGCAGUUGUCGUUGCAACAACAAUUGUGCGCGUGCGGAGCGCAAUAUUAUGUCUAUACUUAUCAGAUACCUAUAACUGAGCUAUAAGUAUAACGGUCUACUUCCGAAUUGGUCACGUUCGAAUAAUUGCAGGAACUAAAUAAAUGUACAUUUUGAGUACCUAUAAUAUCAUAUACAGGUAAAUUGUGGAAAUUGGUCGUUUGGGUAUUAAAUUAUAAUAUCAUACCUCACUUAACACGCGUUGUGAACAGACGGUGUACAUCGGCCGACGUGUGAUUUUCGUUUUUUUUUCUUCUACAUGCCCAUCACCAAAAAUUGCCCGUUAAGAAAAUUUUAUAAAAAAAAAUAAACCUAUAGGCACCCCCAUAUUAUAUUUCGUGUGGAACCGUAUAUGCAUAAUCAAAUAAGUAAUUUUGCCGGCAAUGCAUCCUUGCGUGUAGCUGUAUAAAUAUAAUAAUGUAACAACAAACCCGUAAAGUUCCGUUGGACGGAAUUACCGUGUAUUAUGUAUAAAAAAAAAAAAAUCACGAAACUUAUUUUGGCCUAAAGCCGUUAUUCGGUUUGUACCUUUAAUGUAACGUAUUAAAUGGGUGGACGUUCACCACGUAUAAACCGAAAUGAUAUUUAAAGACCAAAGAACAAAGACGAAUCAAUAACUACAGUGCGCUUAUAACUUUCUCUUUAUGGAACAAGAACACACGAGACCCAACACUACAUUUUAUUCGCCGAUUGUUCGAAAUUUAUGUAUUACAUGUGGACCCGUUUUCGAAACAUUCGACUUGGACUUUGACAUAGUGACACUGCACGUUCCAUCCAACAGGUGUUCCAACUUUCGUUUGACUUCACCAAUAAUAAUUUAAUACUGCCUUUUAUGCAUUAGGUAUGCAUUAUAAAAUAUGAUACAUUUCCGAGCUGAAUGUCGAAUUUUAUAAUAUUACUAAUCAGAUACCGAUAUUACAUUUUCUCUUUUUGUUCAAAAUGUUAACACAUAUACCGCAGCAUAGUAAUUUAGGUAGAUUUGCCUUCAUUCGGGGUCCGAACGAUGUAGUGAAGUGAUAAGAAUAUUCUGAAAACAAAACGUGAAAUUUUUCAAAUUUAGAUAAUUUUUGAAAGUUUUAAUACUGAAUUUCGAAAAAAUAGCCUGACCGAUUUUAUGUACCUAUACUUCUCGCUGAAUUUCAAUCUUGUUUCCAGAAUUCUUAUCGCUGCACUAUACGUCAAUCGGAAUGAUUGAAGGCAAAUUGAUUUAAAUUUCUAUCAUGAGUAUUAUUUGUUAGACAAAGAAAGAAAAUAUCACCGAUAUCCAAUCCAAUCCAUGCAGUCCAAUUUGCUUACAUUGGGUGUAUUAUAUUUAUGUUAUUAAACUCGUUUAAAUGAAUUCAGUUAUUUUACUAAACAGGUUUACACCGUUUACUCAUUAUAUUGCAAUAUAUAUAUAUAUAUGGCUCGUUGGUAUUGGUUAAUAAUGUGUGUACCUAUUUUUAUUUUAUUAUUUAAUAGUAGAACUUGACGUUUUUAACUAUAUUUUAUUUGCCCGUGACCCAAAACGGCUAUUAAAUUUAUUUUUUAUUUUUUUAUUGUAAAGUUUUACUUAUAAUUUUCUUUAAUAACUUCUUUUAUAACUUUUCUUUUAAAUUAUAAUAAACAAAUAUAUGUAUGACAAUAAUAUAGGUAUAUCACCGACAGUGGUAUAAAAAAAUAUACCACUGUUUAUUAAAAAGAAAAUAGUCAAAUAAAAUAAAUAAAUAUUUUGUGUGAUUAAAGAGUCGCGACCUACGAGAAAAGAUCAAAUCAAGACUAAUAGGUAGGUCAGAUAUUCUAUAUUUUAUAAAAAGCAAACGUCUUUAGAAAUUAUUCGGACAUGAUUAUAGAGCUGAUAGCUAAUUAGUAAAACAAGAGGGUUCAUAUAGAAAAUAAACAGACAUUUUGUUCAUGAAAAUGCGACUUUUGACGAGAUGUACAAAAAAGAAAGAGGCUUCGUGAUGAGGCACUAAGGGUCUUCACUUCACCAGGUCGACAAGCUAUUAAUUUUUAUUAUGCUAUUACUUAUUAUUGUUAUUAUACAGAAUUCUGCCAUUUUAGAACUUGAGUGUUCGUUAAUAACUUGACACGCAUAUUAAAAAUUGAUAUAGGCCAAAUAUAAAACAAAAUAUUUCUUAACACAUUUUGGAAUCUCGCGAAUCUACGUCAUUACUAAUUCGGGAGAAUGUCGAAUAAAAAUUGAUUAGAGUAACAAAAUAUUGAAUUAUCUAUUUUUAAUUUAGUAUAAUAUUGUUCCGACCGAUUGGUUUCAUAUUUCUGCUCGGUAUAAUAUGCUGCAACCUACUAUAAACAUAUGCUUGAAUAUACGGUGAAAAAUGUAUCUGGAAUCGAUGUCGCGGGUUUUUCGAACAAUCAUUUUAAUUUUUACUGUUGAAUAAUAUUAUUGUUUGAAUGGAUGUUGGCAGAAAUGAUUUUUUGGAGAAUUGUGCAGCGUCAUUCGAAUUUUGCGUUGGCUUUGUAACGUCGGGACAAUAAUAAUAAUUCAAUGUUAAUCUUUGCUAAUGGUUAUGAUCGUUAGUAAAAUAGCAAUCUAAUACAAACACGACGAAGAUAAUGAUAUUUUUCGAUUUAGUCGGAUAAAAAAGUGUUUUUCCCUGGAAAUAAUCUAAUCUGUUUCUAUAAAUAUUCAUCAUAUAUUUCGCCUUAUGUGAAACAUUUUAUAGAAUAUGAUGAUAUCCGCGUCAUGUGCAGUAAAAAUGUUUUUUUUUUUUUUCUAAGUAUUGUUAUAAUAAUAGUAUUUUAAUAGUAUCGUGUUAAAACAUUGACGAAAAAGAUGAAUUUUCGCGGGGUCUUUUUAUUUUUCACUUUCUAUACCGAUUCGCCCGAAGCUAUAUUUUUUUAUUAGAAUCUGAUGCUAUAAUAAACAAAUUAAGUUGGUGUUUUUUCUAGCGAAAAAUGAUUCCUUCGCAGUUAAGGACCGCAGUAUUUUAUUAGUCUUGGUAUCUAUCAUCAACUGGUCCUUAUCAUAUUAUGCCCCUUACUCUCAAAUGUUAUUUUAGUAUUUUAUUUUCUGUUAUGGUUAUUAUUCCCCAUGCUUCACACAAUCACACCCAUACGUGAGAGUAGAUCUAAUAAUGGUCUAGAAUCUAAACUUUUAUAAAAACAGUUUCGCAUUCCAAGAACUAUUUGACCAGUGCAAAUGAGACUAAUUUGCUAAAGUGUAAAAUCUAUCUCACGUGACAAAUCGUUUUCGGUAUACUGAUGACCGAGGUACACCUAAAUAUUAUUAUUGUCUACGGGGUGUAUACACACAAUUUAUAAUAGAGCCUAAAACACGCGGUAAUCGUGUUCAGAUUCGGGUCGUAUAUAAUAAUAAUAGUAAUAUGUUAUACUGACGACCGUCCCCGUUAAUAACGCGCUUUGGUUUUUUGGUCGUUAAGCUGCGUCGUCGUCGUUUCUUACUUUUUUUACACUUUCGCGAUGGCGUAGUAUGUUUGGCGUAGCACGUCGAAUUAAUUCGUAUACUUUCCGCGGUAGGUGUAGUAAACGAUGAGCGUCGGCAAGAGGAGUUUGGGCAACGUUGGCGAAUAUGUUCUAAAAAAAUAUAUAAAAAAGGGUUUUGUGUUUUAACAGAGCGAAAAAAAACUCAUCAAAACCUUACCGCUCCCCCGCGGGUGCUGCCCGCACUGCUUCUGCGACCGCGCUGUGGCGGCAAGGUCACGACGAGACGAACACCUCACGUCAAACCUCGUCGGGCCUCGCCGCCGUCGGCGUUUUUAUUAUUAUUAUUUAUUUUUUUUGUUUUCUAUUAUUAACGUACCGCACACGUAUGCAUACAUAAAUAUAUUAUUGUAAAAUACUGCAGUGGCGUAACGUAUUGUAUAUUUAUUACUAUUAUUAUUAUGUUGUACAGUGUACAGUAAUAAUUGUUGUCGUAAACAACGCGAAAAUCGCGUAACGAGUGGCGAGAAAUUCGUUCGGAUCCGCGACGCGACGCGUAGGCAGUAAACUGCACGCGGAGGGAAAAAAAACCGACGGCUCUCGUAAUAGUCUCAUCGUUCGAGAAUUGGGUAUUUUUUACUGCCUACCGACCCGCCACCGCCGUUUAUUAUAUUAUUAUCAUUAUUUUAUUCACCGUAGUAUACGAAACCGUUUUUGAUGAAUAGCGGCGGCGGUUAACAGUUUCUUACGGAAAACACUCGCGAACGGUACCUUAUGGCGGCGGUAGUUGAAUAACAACGGAUAUAAAUAUAAUAAACUAUAAUACAUUACUAUAAAUAAAUAAAUAGUAUUGAAUGGUGUUCGUGAUAUUUUAGCGUUUAAUACGCACGUAAAAACCCUUCACAAUCAACCCGACGAAAUCUGGCGGGACGACUAAUAAGCGUUUGAGGUUUUUUUUUUUUAAUAUAAAAAAAAAAAUGAACUAAUAAAAUACCUAAUGUAUUUAAUAUUUUGAACUUUUAAAUAUUCCGAAACAAUAAUUGUUUGAGGUUUUCUUUAUCGAUAUUGUCUAAUUGAACGCUAAACGUUUUAAGUCAAUAGUGUACAUUUCCUUAUCGUGAUAAAAACGCAGUAAGAUUACCUCUAUACUAGAAUAUAAAGGUAAAGAGUAACAUGUGUAUAUUUUGUCCCCUAUCAUUUUAUAAAUUAUGUGAAACUGGUGUCACAUAAUGAAGAAUUAUUAGUGUUCCCAUGGCUGGACCAUAGUUCUAGGCCCCAGCCGGGUUUUUAUCCAUACAAAUUUAAAUAUAUUGACUAAUAUCGAAAAAUACGUUUUGUUACUAUUUAUGACUACCCGUGGUAUUUAUAAACGGAAAAGCCGGGCCCACAGUAAACGAGUAAACGACUCACGUAAACAAUAAAUAUUUGUAAAUCUAAACUUUAAAGUACUUACGAUAACUGAUAAUUACUUAUAAAAGUCCACUCAGCGAGCGUACACAAUUUUCGGUUUCUAAACGUAUUUUGAACAAUAAACUAAAAUUCCGUAUACAAUUUUGGAAGAAUUUGGGCGACUCAUGUGUAGAAAUCUAUGUAAAUUAAACAUCUUAUUUUGCAAAUGGUUGACGAGUGAAUUUAUAAAAAUGUUUAAGUAUUAAAUGUUGGUACAUAUUUAUGUAGGUAUUGGUUUUGAUACGAUGGGUGCGAUUUCUGGAAAUUUGUCUACCAGAUAUUUUACUCCAAUCAAAAUCUUUAUAUAAACUUUCUUGUAUAAUUUUUAGUGUCAUUUUUCUUUGUAGUUUUUUAAUAAAUUAAAUAAACUGGCAAUAUUUUAUAUAAUUUUUGUUUUACAAACCCGUGGGUUUUUCUUUGCUUUUCUUGGUUUUCUUGGUUUUUUCUUUUUUUUGGGCUAUGGUAAUCUAAUCAAUACAGUGGCGAAUCAGAUUUUUUUACGGCGCACAUAUUUAGAUAUCUAGGAUAGACUCCUAGUCCUUAGUUACAGUGUCACCCGGUCAAAAUGACUUAAAAUUGUCACUGCAGUCUACACACGCAAAAGGAAUGCGUUUCAAGUGGCGUACAACACAAUAAUCGUUAUCCUUAUCAUUAUAUUUAGACAGGCCGGAUCGCGAUUUCAUGGCGUUCGAUAUCGGCCGAUGCGCUAGACGUCAUAUUAUUAUAAUUAUUAUUAGAUAUUGUGCGUGUAUUUUGCAUCCGUUCGGAAAUAAAAUAUUUUGAAAUGAAAACCAAAAAAAAACGCCGCUACAAUGUACGAAGGGAGUACAGCGAUCGCCCGCGCGCGCAUGCGUCCGAACCUGACCUUGGCAAGGUUGAAUUUUGAGAGUCCGACGAACUGCGUGGCAACGUCGCCUGUACCGCCGUCGUCGCACACACGCAGUCACCACGGUAUAAUGGUAUAUACGUAUAUAAUAGUACAUACGUAUAUAAUGGUAUAUACGUAUAUAGUAUACGUAUAUAUAUAGUAUAAUAUACGUAUAUAAUGGUUUUGAACGUCUGCCGCAGCCGCCGUCGCCGACGUCCUCUCGUCGAUUUAUAAAAAUAAACAACCUCGCGCGGCCCGCGUCCUCUGCAUCGUUCGUCGCGCGACACCGGUCGUCGGGCGGCCUGUACCCGUCCGCGACUACUGUCGCUGGAAAAAAACAAAUCCAACUUUAUUAAACAACCAUUAAUAUAAUAUUUAUUAUUAAUCAAUGUGCCUAAUACAAAACAAUACAAAGAGUUUGCAGCACAUUUUGUGUUUAAAAUCAUCGAUUAAUAAAAUUCAAUAUAUUAAGGGGGAAAAAAAACAAUCGAACAAAUGGGAUCUUCCCCGACUGAAAACGAAAAACAAUAUACUAAAAAAUGCAUCAAAAAAAAAAAGAAAACAGAUUCAAUGUUUAUAAUGCUUUAUUUUGGAUAUCCAAAAUAUUCAAAUCCAACGUGUUAAAAAUAAAAAUAAGUUAGUUAAUUUUAAAUUUUCGGUAGGUAUUUUUUUUUUUAAAUUUAUAUUUCACACGUGAUAAUAUGAUAUAUUGAUGAACUUUAAGACAUUUUGUUUAUUUUUAUGUGUAUUUUAUUGGUUUUUUUUGCAUUACUUAAUAAAUAAUUGUUGGCAUGCUGCUAUUAGUGCUAUUGCAAAAUAGAAAGUUUUUCGUUGGACUCAAUAUUAUUUACUGUGUUUGUAAUUUGAUUUAACAAUUUUGUUUAUUAAUUUAAACAAACCGCUUUUCAGAUAAGUGACUUUAAAAAAAAUAUACUGCAAUGUAUACGCGCGAAUGUAUAGAAGGUAUAAAUCAUUACUAACGAAACAUGAUUCUAAGCGAAGUUCAGUUAUAAAACCAAACGACUCCUCGUCAUUAUCAAAAUCUGAAAAUGUUUCCUAACUUCUUACAUUUUAGGUUCUGAGUGUAGCGAAGAAUGUAUUGGUUUUACAAAGAUGUUUAUUUUUUCUAAUUUUCUUGCUCCGAUGUAUACGAUAUAUAAUCAAAAACUAAUAAAUGAAAAAAAAUUUCUCUGGGUGGUAGUUUAUAGAGGUCAUUUUUCGAUUUUCCCAAGAGUUUUCCCAGCAAAUGUGAAAAACCGGGAUAAACGUAGGAAAAACGGGAAAAUCGAAUCAAUAUUAAACAAACAUUAUUAAAGCAAAUAUAUUAUGCAUAUUUAAUUAUUUUACCAUAAUAUGAUAUAUAUAUAUAUAUAUUAUUGAUAAAGCAUCACUUUCGACUGAACUCUGUUCAGAAUCGUUUUUUCGUUUGCAAUGGUUUAUCGUUGCAUACAGAUGUACAUUAAAUUCCCAUCUGUAUCUUAUGAUUCAAACUCCCCAUCUACAACAGUGUCUGCACUGGGCCCCAUUAUCCUAUAACAGUUUUUUAUAAUUUACGUUAUUAGUUCCGCCAAUUAACUGAUUAUAAUUUAACAGUCGAAAAGUUAAGAAAUUAAAAAAAGUAACUUUCAAUAUAAUUAUGUUGCGUUUUUUUUAUAAUAACCGAUUUAACCUUAAGAAGUUAGACAUUUAGAGCAAUUUGUUUUGCAGCUUUAGAAAUUUACAGCCCUAUAUUAUAAUUUAUAAUCAUAGGAAUUUCAAAUUUUGACUAGGAGGGACUAUACACAUUUAAAUCAAAUAGGUUCCGCACGCCCCUUGUAAAUACAGAGGAUAAAACCAAAUACAUAAGUCAUUUAACCGUAGAUUUUUUAUUUACAACAAUAAAUUAUAAUAUUCUUAAUUAUUUCGAAAUUAAAUAUUUGAAUAUAAAACCACGGCUGUAGAGCGAUGCUGAGUCGCAAAACUUAUUUAUACGUUAUGUGUAUAUACUAUAGAAAUAAUUUAUGAUAACGGGAGAAAGGAGGAAGGGACAGUCGGCGAUAGUCGAAAACCAAAAUGUGAUGGAUUUGAACACAAAGGCUGUGCGUGCGGAUUUGUUUAAACGCUUAUCUGUGAAUUCCAGUUUUAAUUAGUUUUUUUGUGAAUCGUCUAUUAAUUAUUGUUAUUCGUCAGUUUGUAAAUUACAUUUGUUUUUCAGAUUCUACACGUGACGACGAAUUUAUUGGUUUUUUGAUUUGGUAUUUAAGUUUGUACCAUUACGUUGCGUUUGAAUAUUGUUCCAUUACAUUUCCCCUAUCUAAACUUAAAAGUGGAAUAUAUUAUCGUCAACACCAAAAAAUGUAUUCAAAUUAAAACUUCAUUUAUGUAUCUUUGAUACCUUAAAACCCAAAUUGGGUAGUGGUUUUGCUGCACCCCCCCCCCCAAAAAAAAAAAAAAAAAAUCAGAUUGACAAAAAUUAAUGAAAAUGAAACAUUUAAGAGUUAAUUAUUUAUGAGUUUUCCGAAAAAAGUUAAUAUUCUCUGAAGUUCGAGAUAUUAAUCUCGUAUACAUCAUUAUAAUUUAUUUCUUAUAUUUUCUCCGUUUUCAUUUUUUUUUAAACAUUUAAGACAUUUGCCAUUAAAUAUUUUUAUUAAAACAAAUUGAUAUAUCUGUUUGACUUUAAUAUUAAUAAUUUUGUAAUGGAUGAUUCGAAAUAAAUUUUAAUAAAUUCUUUUCGGAUCGAUAUAUUUUGUGAAUCUAUCCCGAGUUCGCGGAAGUUCCUCUUCAAUUCGAGUGAUUUUCCUCGAUGCUAUAAAUGACGUUUCGGCUAUCCUCUCCAAUUCCCCUCCUCGAAAUUAUAGAUUCUAUAACUUGGCUUAGUUUAGAUUAGGCAUUUGAUCACUGUUAAUUAUUAUGUUAUUAUAUCGACAGACCGCGUACGAUUUUAUAAUUUUCCUUCCAGUAACCGGCGGUAUUAUAACUAUAAUAUAUAAUAUAAUAUAAGUAUGUACAUACAUUAAAAAUUAUAAUAAUAUAUAGGACACACGCCUCCUCUCUCUCUCUCUCUCUCUCUCUCUCUCUCUCCCUCUCUCUCUCUGUCUCCGCGCGAUUAUUUAUAUUAUUUUAUGCGAUCAUUUCUCUUUCUGGAGCUCGAAAAAUACAAAGGGAACGACCGCGGCGGACGUAAUAUUUAUGCGCGUGACACGAACAAAACUGUCGACCGUUUUUUUUUCUUUCUAAAUAAUUGUCGUUAUUUAUUAGGUAGGUAUAUAUUAUAGUAUUUAUAAUAUAGGUACGAGGUACCUACUUUGAGCGCGAAUACAGUAUUUUAUUGUAUCGGAUAGUAAAAAUCACCGUUCGCCAACCGCGUAUUUAUAAUAUCUUGGGAACAUUAUUACGAAAAAAAAAAUAUACAUACAUAUAUAUUUAUAUAUCAGAUACAUAUCAGCUACACGUUUUAAAAUAAAUACGAAUUCAGCGCGAAAUUAUUAUAUGUAUAGAACUUGUUGCGUAAUAAUAAUAAUAAUACGAGAGUUACGCACCGAUUUAACAUAAUAAUAUUACCAGUAUUAUACCUGCAGAUAAUAAUAUUAUCUACUGCAUUUUAAACCGAUUUUGUGCGACCAUGUCGGUCGGCGUCGUCAUCGUCGUAUUCGGUAUAUAAUUAUUAUACAACUCCUCUCACCGUACUAUACGAUAUUUCGACGAUUAUACGAAUGUUUAACUUUUCUGAUUUUAUCGUGUUAAGGUCAUACAUAAUAACAUUAUUGUAUCGGUAUCGUGUACACGCCAAUUUAUAAUAUUGACGUAUAUUUAAGAGAUUGUUUCACCAAACAGGGAUAUUAUAUAGAAUUUUUUAAAUUGAAGGGUUCAGUGCAACAACAAGACAAAUCAUUCUUUCGAACUUUUUACGGGGAAAAAAAACCCAUCUAUUCCAUCGAGUCCCUAUCAUUAUUUUCUUCGUACCUAGUUGACGGACGCGCAUUAUGGUCACACCAAAUUAUGUAGCACUUAUUGUUUAACUUGAAACUAUUAAAAAGUAAUUUUGAACUUGCAUUGUUGUUCCACUGAGCUCUUCAAUUAUGUCGUAUUGUGUGACGUGUCAUAGGCUAAUUGGUUUCUUUACUAUGCAUUUGUCGAACAAUUAAUAAUAUUCAAAUUUCCACUAAAAUUAUCAUUCAAAUCAAACAACUAUUAAGUUAUUAGGUGUAUCUAUCUAGAUGAUUAGGUAUCCAUAAUUAGGUAUAAGUGGAUAAGUAAUUGUUACGUAUAACUAUUUAGGUACUAAUCAAACUUCCUUCAUAAUAUAAUAGUUUGAAUAUACGUUUCGUUAUAAAAAAAAUAAAUAUGUUCACAUAGGUUUUCUGAUUAACGCAAUAAAGAUAUUUAAGUAUAAAAUAAACCGCUGAUAUUGGGGAUGGAAUCGGCCUCUGUUGUAUGUGACAAAUUGAGAACGUAGGAUACAUAAGGUUAUUUCAUUUAUAUCUAUAACCAACGAUAAAUAAACCUGUAAAUUGACGAAAGACGAUUCCAAACGCAGUUCGGUAAUAUAUAAUUUAAAGUGCCAUAUUUUUUUUUACGAUUUUCGUUUAAAUUUGAUUUCAAAACGCUUAUUAAAAAAAAAAAAGUCGUCCGAUGAUUUUGAAAAUGUUACCGCGUCUAAGUAAGUCUAAUAUAAAUAUUAUUAUUUAUUACCAAGUUUCAAGUCUCUAUGUGUAUUUAUAACCGAAUUGCAGCAAAAAAACUCCCAAAAAUUAAAAUUCCUUAAAAUCUCAAAAGUUUUGACGAUGAUACCGUUAGAAAGUAAAUCAAAAAGGUAUCUUAUGGUUUUUCAAUUAAAUCUUUUUUUUUUGUUUUUAUAAAAUAAUGAAAUCAUAAAAUUGUACGUUUUUUUCCUACUUAAGUGCUUUUAUUUAAAAAAAUGGCGGCGAAAAUCAAAAACUUUUCUAAAGAACCAUCUAGACAGCUUGGGCUUUCAGAAAAGUUGCUACACGUAAAAAUCAGAGCAAGUUUACUAAGAUACAACUUGUCCACAGACUAGAACAAAAAAAAAGAAAUAAACAUCUUAGUAAAACCAAUAACUCCCUCGCUACGCUCGGAAUCUAAGAUUAAAAUGAAAAUUAAAUCGAAAAUAUUAUAAUACAAGAGUAAAAGAUUUAACAUAGUUAAAUUUAAAAGACAAUGCGGUUGUAUUAGGAAAUAAUAAAAGGAAAACGUUUUGGGGGUUUAACGUCCCCCCGAAAAUUAAUAUUUUUGUAAUUUAAUUAUAUCAAUUUAAUAUUUUUUUAUAAAUAUUGAUUGUUGUAAAUUUUUUUUAACACCCCCCCCCCUCAUUUUUUUUGUGUACGUGCCUGCAUGAUGCUAUGUAUUAAAAAAAAGAACUGAUACUGCGUUCAGGUGUGCCACUAUCUAAGGUAGGAAGUUGAGAAGAUAGGAAGGUAGAAUACAUGUUAUUUAAUUUAUAUUUGUAAGCAACGAUUAACUGUUGCUAACGAAAAACAAUUCGCAGUGAAGUUGCGGUUAUACAUAUUUUGAAAGGCAAUAUGUAAUAUUUACGAUUUUCGUCAAAAUUGUAUAGUCAUAUAAGAAAAAAAAAUGCAUUACAAACGACUUUUUUUUACCACUUUAACUUAUAAUGAACCUGUUAAAUUUUCAAUCAUUUUUGUUUGGUCAAACAAUUUUAUUUACAGAGUACCUAACAAAUAAAAAUGAAUUAAAAACUGGCAAAAUUAAAAUGCCUAUAAAUAGCUCAAAAAUUUCGUAUGUUUUUAAAAUUUUACCACUUCUAUAUAAAGCAAAUAUAAGAUAUCGAUCAAAAUGUCAAGUCUACGAAUAUUUUUAACUGAAUUAUAACUAAAAAAAACAAAAUAGAAAAUAAUAUAACCAUUAUUUCCUUAAACUUUCCCGUUCUUUCUAUAUUUUUAUUUGGCUUGUUAAAAAAACUACAAAGAAAAUCAAAAAACGACUUUCUCACUCAUCAACUAGAUCAAAAAUUUGAAAAAAAGAUCUAUCAUUUUUCGAUCGGAGUAACAUUUCUGUCAGAAUACAUAAAACGUAAAAAUAAUGAAAUCGGAACUCAGUAAAUUUAUCAGGUUUCAUUUUUCGUCUUUAAUACAUAAACUAUAGAUACAAUUUCCUUUCAAAAAAUAUACUACACUUGAUACACACAUCAAAAAAACACAUGGUAAAACCAAUAAAUCCCUCGCUACGCCCCGAGUCUUAAAUAGGUAUAGUCAAAAGAAUAAUAUAUACUUAAAACAACCAAGGGGAGUAGCUAUAUCUCCCUAUCCGUCCUAGUAAAUACGUCUCUUCUGUCCUAACAAAAUAUAAUAAAGUUUUUUCAUUACUUUUCAAAUUCCUAUAUUAUAUAGUGACAUACGAACCUACGAAAAAAAAAAAAAAUGGUUUAUAGCGGAGUUUGUCUCGUACAAAAUUUUGUAAUUUUAUGAUUUGUCAUUACUGCAGAUACUCGGGACGACGGACUGCCUUUUUUCUUUAAAUAACUCUAUCGCGAAAUAAAAUUUACGGCCAGCGUACAGACUAAGCAACAACUGUCGAAUGGGUGGGAAACGGAGGGGAGGGAAAUGAAAAAAAAAAAAAAAAUUAGUCUGCGUCCAAAUAAAACACAAUAAUAUUCUGCCACCGCCGCGCCGUUGUUACUACUGCCAAUUAUUAUAAACAAUGCGACCAAGACAUCAAUAACCCCUUCGCGCCGCCGCCGACCAAUCCGCUCGCUAGCGUACCGGCCAUUUCACUCGACCGUCAGGUCACACAACCGGUUUGCUUCGACGGUUGCUUCACCGUCGAAGCACCGGGACACGGCGACAGCCGGCGUGUACCAGUAUAAUAUUAUUAAUAUAGUAGCCCGCGAACACUGUUAUACGCGUAACAUUUUUUACCGAAGGCGCACGCAACGUGCGACACGACUACGACUACUGAUUGUUUAUUAUUAUAUUUCUUUUUUCUAGCGGACGACGUUUGUCGACGACGAAGAUGAUGAUGAUGGCGAACGCCGGGUACGACGUCUGCCGUUACUGUAG